UUGAGGACCCCUGCUCUGAGGAUAGGUGAAACAGCGCCCAGUCCUUGAGCAGUAAUAGCAUUUUGCAGAGGACCAGGCUAUAGCAAGCUCCACUGCCACUGUGCCUUUGGGGCUCCCUUGGGGUUGAUCUCACUCCACCCCCACCUCUUGAUUCCCCCUGAUUCUAAUAACUGUAGGAUUCUUGGCCCAGCUCCCACCCUGGGAGUCAAGCACUCUGCUUUCUUUCCUUUUGGUUUGGAUCAGUUCUGCUACCCCAUCCUGCUUGAAUCUGUUUUCAAUCUGCACUGAUUGCCCCCUUGCUGGCCAGCCCAAGGGCUGGUACCAUAUUCUCCCCACAUCCGUAAAUAAACUUCCUCCCUUACACUGUAAUCUGUGAGGUACUUCCGCUCCUGGGCCAUUCUGGGGCCAAGACCCGCUGCCAGGCUUCCAAGCGCUGGCUUCAGUCAGGGCUUACAGGAGGUGGGGGAUGGGGUGGGCACGAACUGUGUUUGACCAUCAUGUGCAGAGGGCAGCAGAACCCCCCAGUACAGAAACAGGACCUCUGAAUUCCUUGUGCUUAGGAUGAGCUGCCAAGGUGGUGUCCCUCUAUCCGGUCCAAUCCACAUGGCUGUGCCCAUUUGGCAUGUUUCUGAGAAAGUGCCCAUGGUGGGCUUCACUUGUUUAUAUAUGGCAAGGUAGCCUUCGAGAAGAGCUGCCACUUUGUCCUCUUGCUGCUUCUGCCUCACUGUUCUCUGGCCAGGACAGAGAAGGGUGCAGGAUGGGUAGACCAGAGAGGAAAAGGAGCUGGGGACAGAUGGGGCAAAACUUUUUUCCAUGGUGAGAGCCUCACCCUAACUCCUCGGGGAGAGGUUUGGUUGGUUCUGACUGAGGUACUAGGGACAGACAGGAAGACAUUGGUGGCCCCUGCUUGUCAUCCCUUUCCUCACAAACAGUACAGUCUCUGUCCAUCUCUUCACUAUGAACUGCAAAGUUCAGGCAUCCAGAUGCGGCCCUCAUGCCCAGCCCCUUGAGUGCUUUGUGUAUUUGUCAGAGGGACCCACAGUCUCAAGCUCUGGUGGGCAGGUGGCUAUGUGAGGACACAAAUCAGACAGGGAAAGGUGCCAGGACAACCUCCCUUCCUUCUCCAGACUGACCUGAGGUGUUGUUGGCUCUUAUGUGCAGGGCAGGUUUUUUCAGUCUGAGAUGUUCUGUCACAUAAAUGAUAGGCCUUCCUGUCAUGGGACCACUAGGGGAGGACAGGUUACUGUAAGGACAAGAGGUCCUGAGGUCUGUCAGGAUCCUAAAGGUCUGUUCUACCCUCCUGCCCUCAUAGGCCUUGCCUCUCUGCCCCAGUGCCGUGCCUCCCUGGCCUGUGCCCUGCAUACCUGGCAGUCAUAGCCACCUGGCCUGCCCCAGAGAUGGAGACAUUGUCCUUACCUCACCCCUAGUUUCAUCUUUUGCUUCAUGGCCCUGUGCUGCCCUUUCACUGUCUUGAUGUACAGGGCCUUAGCAGUUAGCUGCCCCCACACUGGCUGCCUCUGGUGUCUGGCUGGGUGAAUGAGGGCACUGCGAGGCACUCCCUCCCUGGGGCGUGGCUCCUGCCCAUCAGACUGACAGUAGAAAUCAUAGUCUGGGAGAGAGCUAGAGCCAAGUUCUGCUCAAAUCUAUUUUAGACACUGAGUCCUACUUUCUCUCUAGGCUUCCUCUAGAGCCCACUAGUACCCAGCCAGGCGGGGGUCUCCAAGAAAGAGCACAGCCCAGAGGGUAUAAACAGGCUGGAGGCCAGAGGGGCAGACAGUCCUAAGCGACAGCAGCCUGACGCAGCCACUGAGACACCAUGAGAUCCCUCACCCUCCUCACCCUGCUGGCCCUGGCUAUGCUUUGCCUCACUGGACAGGCAGAUGGGAAGCCCAGCAGCACAGAGUCUGAUAAAGGCACAGCCUUCAUGUCCAAGCAGGAAGGCAGUGAGGUGAUAAGGAGACCCAAGCGCUACCUGCAUCACUGGCUGGGAGCUUCAGUUCCCUACCCGGAUCCUCUGGAGCCCAAGAGAGAAGUAUGUGAGCUCAACCCGGACUGUGAUGAGCUGGCUGACCAUAUUGGCUUCCAGGAGGCCUACCGGCGCUUCUAUGGCACAGCCUAGGCCACCAGCCUGCUGGCCCAGCUAGCAAUUGCAGCUCUGCCUCCUCUCCAGUCUCCAUCCUCUCCCCGUGCCCUGACCUCCCUGCCCUACAAGUGUGGGGUCCCCAUCAUCCCAGCUGCUCCAGAAUAAAACUCCAGAA